CUCUACAGUCUCUCUCUGUGGCCACGUAACUUCCUCUCAGCUUCUGCAUGCUGUUCAGCUGCAGCGGAGUGCAACUCUACCUUUUUUUUUUAUCUGUCAACUUUGGCAGCGACAACACGGUGACAGAAAACCCUCACUGAUUUAAGACCGGUGUAUCGCUCUCUUGGCUUUUUUUAUCCAAAGAGAUCUCUGAAGGACCACUGAAGAACAAGAAGAUGUUGAGGCGAAGGCCUUCCAAUGCCUCGGAGAAGGAGCAAGGGCAGAAGAAGAAGCUCACUCUGCAGAGGUCCAGCAGCUUCAAGGAUUUUAUGAAGCACAAACCUACUUCUCCUGUCGUGUCAGAGAAGGAGUUUGUCCUAGAGGAGAAUUUUGCAGAGGGUGUGACAGCAGAGGAAGCUGUGAAAAGUGGCAGCAAACUUGGAAAGAAAUGGCGCAACGUCAUCUCACGCACCAUGACCCGAAAAACAUCCAAGAUGGUUCAGAAGGCUCUGGCAGAAGAGGGGUGUGAGAGUGGUGAGGAGCUGUCUCCAGUCUCUGCUGAUUGGAUUCCAGAUCUGAGUGCAGGACAGAGGACGUCUGUCUGCUCCACGGGGUCAGAGGACACGGCGCCCAGCCUCAUCAGCCGCCAGCUCUCAGGCAGCAGCGAUAGACAGAGCCUGGAUAGCGGAUACUGCCAGAGGGACAGCAUGAGGCUGGAGGAGAACGGCGUCUCUUACAACGGACCUUUCUGUGGCCGUGCUCUGGUCCACACUGACUUCACUCCGAGUCCCUACGACGUGGAGUCACUCAAGCUCCAAAAAGGAGACAUCAUCUACAUCAUUGAGAAGCCUCCUGUAGGGACCUGGACAGGAAAGCUCAACAACAAAAUGGGUUCCUUUAAGUUCAUCUACGUCAACCUGCUGCCCGAAGAGAGCCCUCCGUCCAGGAGGAGACGCUGCAACAGCAAGAACCGCCGAUCCAAAACCAAACCCAGAACCCUGGAAGAGGUCCUGGACACCAUCGGUCUCACUGAGCUGAGUUCUUUGCUGUCCAUGCACGGUUUUCAGAACCUGGAGGACUUUGCAGGACUGAAGGAGUCUCACCUCAACGAGCUGAACAUCACAGACCCAGACAUGCGCUCCCAGAUCCUGAAUGCCUCUGAACUGCUGAGGGACUCUGAAGACGAGUCAGAGCCAGAAGCGGAGGACAGAUCUGGGGAGGAAGACAAGGAGCCGAGGGACUCAGGCUGUUUCGAGAGCUCUGAGAACCUGGAGAGCCGACGUGAGGAGCCCAAGACGGAGGAGGAGGAGGAGGGACUCCAAGGUGAAGCAUCAGAGGAGCAGACAAACCAGGAGGAGGCAGAGGAACAUGAGCAGUUGGACGCUCUGCAGGAGCAGCUGCAAGAGCUGACGGUGGACGAAGGAUCUUGAGAAGUGAUGGAAACAUACUUUUUUUUUUCUUCUUAUUCCUGGUUCUCAGGGACUCUGUGGACGGAGGUUUACUGUCAUUAAAAUGCCUCUUCAUCAUAAGAGAGUGAACUGGUGAUUGGAACACAAUGUAAUGUUCAAAUACUGUAUGAAGAUGAUGGUCCUCGUUUUCCUCAGUGUGCUUCAACUGUUGAGCGAGCAGCAGAGUUUCUCUCUCUGUCUGGUACAGAUCAGUGCGCUGCUUAAAUGAACAUGUUGUUUGUUGUGUUUUUUUCUCCUUCUGAGGAUCAUAUUUGUUGUUUGUUUAUGAUGGUACCAGCGAAGCAUUUAAAAACAUUAUUUCUGUGCAUUAUGACCCGGUCUUAAAAGUUUUUAUGUCGUUCACUCUUAAACACAAUUAUGAAUGUAAAAUAUUUUUCAUGUAACCUGAAAGGAAUUGUAACUUUUAUUAGUUUGCUUUUACUUGUGAAAUAAGGUAUUUUUCGUUGAUUUACGUCGCAUUAUGAGGAGGUUGUUAACAGUUGCUGUAAAUAAAGCUAAAUUCACUGA